CCUCAGCCAAUGGCAAGAGGCAGCAACGCAUGACGAGAGGAGUAAAGGGACUUCCGCUUUUCUGUUCGUGCGUCGAGCCCGGAAGGAGACGGCCUUUUCCUAGACUCUGGUGGACGGUAGUCCUUGUGGUCGAUUUUGAGUCUAACCCCGCUUCGAAUUCGGGCAACGGUUUCCCCCCCCUCCCCCACCUCUUAACGGUCUUCUCUCCUAGCGGCGGGAUGACGUACCCAGGGUUCGGAGCGUAUGGCGCUUACCGUGGCCAGAUACCAAUGCAAAUGGCCAUGGGUCAGCCAGUCCCAGGAGGAGUACCGAGUGUGGCCCAUGCUGCAUCUUCUGGAUAUUCGGUUUAUUCUGGUGCCUAUGCUGCUGCUGCUGAUCCCAUGUGGACAUUUUUCAGCGCUAUUUCUGGACAGGAUGGUGAAGUGGAUGCUGAAGAGCUACAGAGGUGUCUAACACAGUCUGGAAUCACUGGAACUUACACUCCAUUCAGCUUGGAGACCUGCAGAAUUAUGAUAUCAAUGUUGGAUAGAGAUAAUACUGGGAAAAUGGGCUUCAAUGAAUUUAAAGAACUCUGGGCAGCUCUAAGUGCUUGGAAGCAAAACUUCAUGAUGAUUGAUCAAGAUCGAAGUGGAACUGUAGAACUUCACGAAUUGACUCAAGUCAUCGUAGCUAUGGGUUAUAGGCUAAGUCCACAGACAUUAAUUGCUAUCGUCAAACGUUACAGCAAGAACGGCAGAAUUUUUUUUGACGACUAUGUGGCUUGUUGUGUGAAGCUUCGGGCUUUGACUGAUUUCUUCAGAAGACGAGACAGCAUGCAACAGGGCAUUGUGAAUCUUGUAUAUGAUGAUUUCCUGCAGUGCACUAUGGCUAUCUGAGUGCCAGCUGUUGAAGAGAGUGCCAGAAUAUGACCCAUCUGUUUUGAGGAAACUAAUGGAUGCUGUGAAAACGAGGCUGCCACUGACUUUUUCACGUUUCUGCCCGCUAACGCGUAUCUUCUGUAUAAAAUACCUUUGAUUUUUAGUGUGUAGUUCAACAAUAAACAAGUGUUCAUAUUUUACAGUAGUUCUUAGAUGUGUGCCAUUCUUUAUGCAUAUUGAUGUUAGACUUUUAAAAAAUAUUUUUGGGUUAUGCUCUCAGGAUCAAUUAGAGAAGAUACACAAUCAUGGUUUAUGUCAAGGUUCUAAACAGGGUUCAGCUUAUCCUUAAAAGUGCAAUGGGCCUGUUGUUUGGAACCACCAUAAAAGCUGGCUGCUGAACAGCAAGCUUUCUAGUGGUAUAUGAAAACAGCUUAUGCUGCACAUCUGUCAAAUUCUAAAUGUACAAAGAAAACCCAUCUAGUUGAUAUCUUCUGUGCUGUCUUAAAUAAAACAAGCUCUUGGAUUUGUUUUCAGCUGAAUCCUCAAUAGAUUUACUCAAACCUAGCCUGGCGGAAUAUGCUCAUAGUAAAGAUUAUUUAAUGGUGGUUGAACAAAUCUUUCUUAGAGCUAUUUUUUAUCUUUAAGAUCUAUUCUACAGAGUAAUUCAUGUGCCUCUGUAGGGCACCCACCACUUCCCUUAAGUUUAGAACAUUUGAAAUGCUUCUAGGUGUGUAAAGGGGGGGGGAGGCUUUCUAAUUGACCCUUCAGUGGGCAGUUUUCACAUGGAAUUCCAACAUUAUCUUUGCAGCCCAGUAAACAAAUGCCUGACUUUAUUAUCCAGACCAGCACCGUAUGUUCCCCCUGCACUCUGCUGCAUGAAAAUAGACCCAUGUAGCUUGCUAGGGAAGCUCCUUGUUAGGUGAAGGAGUUCCUUGUAUGAUUACAGUGAUGUCAACAAAGACUCUGAAAUGGUGCCAAGACAGCUGUGUCUUCGAGUGAUGUAUAAACUAGGCCCAAGGCAGUCCCUUGCACUGUUCAACCCUAAUUUAUACACCUAUUUUAGGAUUUGUGGAUUUGAGUGAAGCAUCCAAGUUGGCCUGUGGCUAAUGGAUGGACAGUGUUUAGUUACUUUCUAACUACUCUGUGCUUACCUGAAAUAUGCUCAUCCAACCUUAUUAGCCAUUGUGUAGAUGCUGCUGCUCGACAAGAAGGGGUUGCCCUGACACUUUGUUGUUGCUCCUGCAACACUGACCGUUGUGACAUGUGUGUCAUGAGUCUGUUCAGCUAUGCUGCACAGAGCCACUUGGCAGGCACUGGUGGAAGAAGGUAGAGUUUGAUUGGCCCUCCAUGUUGCAGCCCAACCACUGUUGUAACAGCCAGUGUGUCAGCUUGUUAGUGCAGCCCAGCACUCCGUGGUAUCUCUUUGUGUGUGUUAAAUUAGUGCUUGGAUCCACUCGCUUAAGCAAAGUUUGCCUUAAUUAGCUAUGAGGGCACAAAUUGCGGAUGACCCAGGGUCACUUGAAAUGUAAAGGGUCAAUUUACCUGACAGAAGCAGUAAUUUCUCAUGCUAGUUAAGACACUUUGUGUGGAAAUCUGUAAUGUAUGUAUACAAACCUAUAUUGGUAUCUAAAUACUGUGUUUUCCCCCACCCACCUGAAGAAUUAUACUAGUAUCUGGAUUCUUUUUAUAAAAUGUCUUUCAGCCCCUGUGACUCUUCCUUUGCAGCUGCCAACAUGAGUCCUACAUUUGCAUGCAUAAUUUUGCUGUUCACAAUUGUCAAGUAAUGGUUGUAGAUGAUUUGCAGUCUAUGUAGAGACUUCUUUACCGUAUGAAAUUGCUGGAUACUGUCCUAACUGUACAAAUGCUCUUGUAGUAACUAUUUUCAUUACCAUCCUGGCCAAUUGUCUGAAAAUAAACUUGGAGCUGGCUUUAUAUUCUUUCAUAGAAA